UAAGUUUACAUAGAGCGCCUCAUGUAAUCAGUUCGUCCACGUGAAGUGCCCUCGUCAAAUCAAAUGGAGCGAUCAGUUCGGCUUGACGGACGCGUGUGAACGGGUGAUCCAUUCAAAGAUCGGGAUUUUAAUUCCAGUAUUGGGACAUGUUCUACCCUACUCUUUAUUUACUCAGUAGACUUAAUUUUUAAAUAUUUUGUUUAUUUAUUGACUGGGAUUUGACACCUUCAAGAAUUUUUUUUAACAAUGAAGCUGUGGCAUAUUGCUUUGAUGAUCCUUUUCGUCAUUCAGGUUCGGGGCCGUCGUAGUGAUUGUCGUCAAUGUAAAGCAGGACAUUAUGCUAAAAGAACUUGUAACGAAUUACACGAUACUAUAUGUGCUCAGUGCUCAACGGACACAUAUACCCCCGAAUCAAACACACGUGAACUAUGUUACUCCUGUUCCACAUGCAGGGAAGGCUUCUUUGUCUUAAAAUCAUGUACAUUUAGACACGAUACAGUAUGUGGUUCGUGUGAUCUGAAAGACUAUAGUGAGUUAAGCAGUUAUAGGACGCAUUGUGUUAAAACGAGUAAAGGGAUGCAACAUGACCAAGCAGUAGAGAACUCUUUUACUUCGGAGGAUUCGCUCGAGUUGGGUUCGGGAGAUGGUGAACUGAUUGUGGACCAUGGUACAGUAAAACCCACUGUAAUUGAGGACGUCAUUGUGACCCAUGAGUCAAGUCGUGUCACCAAUGCCUCCCAGGCCCAGAACGAGACGCUGGAUACGGAGGGAAGUGGAGGAUUUGCUAUCAAUGUGUCACCUGAAGAGGAGCUAGAAUCGUCCUCCAUGGAUCUCAAUCUUACAUUCACAUCUACAGAAUCGAUAUUAACAACAAAACAGUCCACCGCUGUACCAAUGGAACCUACUACGCCAACGCCAGAAACAUUUAACAUUACGUCUAUCAAAACUACAUCCACAACACUCGAACCAAGUUCAACCACAACAUCCAUACCCGAACAGAGUUCAACCACUUCAUCAACACUUAAGCCAAGUUCAGCAAUUGUUCUUACAACUCAGACAGUAGCGGUAACUCCUGAACCAACAACUAGCUCACCUCAACCUACAACUAAACGUCCAUCAACAACAACAACAAAAAUAGCCGAAACAACAACAACAACAACAGUUGAUAUCCAAACAACCACCGAGUCCACAGGCUACAGCACAGACGGAGACGGCAGAGUCAUCAUUGAUUUAAGAGGGAAAACAGUAAAGGUUGUAGACUUAAGAACAACAACACAAAAUCCAAAAUCUAGAACAUCGACAGUCAAAACGGAAGAGUUGGACCAUGGGGAAGACGAAAUAAUCAUUGGCAUCGAGGAACAAGAGGAACAAGAAGAGGACACUUACACUAUAACAGAUCAUAUUCUACCUGAACAAGAGACUGAAGAAGAAUCGGCUUUGCAAACAGGUGCCCUCGGCUCUCAUAAAAUGGAUGAAGAAGAUGGAAUAAAGGUGGGAAUCGUCAUUGCAAUUGCGAUCGUCGCCGCUAUCAUCUUCUUUGUCGUCGGAUUCCUCGUAAGCAGAUACUGCAGAAAGAAACGAUCUGGUUCAUUCAUGGUCAAAAAUGAUAUAGAGAAUGGUUCCGUCAAGGAUGGCGUCCCAAUUAGUCUGGACCAAAACAAAGAUGGUGGGAUCUAUGACGAAAUCGGGAAGGCAACGGUGACUCCGGUCAAAAACGGAAAACCUAAUGGAACUACGCGCUCUACAGAAGAUGUGUAUGCCGUGCCCGACAAACGUAAAAGUGACCAGGGCUCACCCAAGAUUGAUGAACAAUUGAACGUAAUCAAGUUCAUUGACGAUACUGACGAAGAUUUGGAACCGAAGGAAGGGGACAAACUUCUGGAAGACUCCGACGAGAAGUACUCCAGUUUCGCAUCCAUCCCCAACGGAUCUGUCAAACAGAACGGUGACGUCACAUCCAACGAUUACGUCUCAGAAUCUAGUCCCGUGCUAAGUGAUCGAGACACAACGGAGAAUUCGGAGUUAUUUGAGGAAGCUGCAAGCGUCAAGGAAACAGAUGAUCUAGAAAAGUCGCCUCUGCUUGAGAAGACGGAAGUAGACGAGAUUCAGGAAAAGACUAGCAGUUGAGGACAUGAGAUAGACUCGUCUACCGCAGUAUAUCGCUUCAUCUGAUGGCUGUUCUCUAUAGAUAGGCAGGUUAGAUCGGGAGAUUCCAUUAAAAUCACACACAAAAAACAAAGAUCUGCAGACAAACGCUGCCAGUCGAAGCUCGGUAUCAAUAAUGUGCCUUAGCCUGUCAGAGAACAACAAAUAAUCUCUCAUCAGUUACAAAUUAUUCAAACUCAAGAUUCCGUGCACUAGUUUCAAGCUGAGCAUUUAUCUAUUCAUUUUUUCUUCAUAUUCUUAUUCUUGUACGACAUUCUUCCAUCAAAUGUUCGAGAAGUAGAAUAAACACAAGAUAUAUGACAGCUUUAAAUUCUUUAUUAUAUAUACACUAUUCACCUACAAGUUUGUGCAAUGAACGUUCAUAGUAUUAAUAGAAUAGCGUUGAAAUGUUUGUCCAUAUUUUGAUUAAGUGCUUUGUUUUCAUUUGUUAUUUUGUUUCAUGGAUUUUUGUUAAACUUGUUGACAUCGACCUCAUUGGCACAUUAUGCAUCCACCCCAAUAUCGCAAACUGCUUGGAUCUCGUACCCGAAACCUUUUACGUUAAGGUACAGUUUCUCCAGUACAAGCGUUCCGCGAUAACUUGAGCGCAGACUUGUAAAUUGUGAUCGAUCCUUGGGUUGAUGUAUGAUUUUCAUGCCUAUGAAAUUGUGGUCUUGUUUAAUUACAGUCAUUAAUUCUUUAUUGUUAAUUUGAUUUUGUAUGCAUGUACAAAUUUGGCCUUUUUGUGUUUGUUUUCUUCGUUGUCUGUUCUGUACCUGUAGAUAUGAAUUGUGCUAAACGUUUGCGUGUUGGUGUAGAUGGUUUUUGGCUUUGAAGACAUACCUUAUCCGGAGUCCCUGCAUCACAACCCUUCAUUAAUUCUUAUUUAUCUAUUUCGUCUAUCAUUUCAUCGGAUAUACUUUAUGUACUGUUGCCAAGUACAUAACCUCUAAAUUGCACGUGUUCGAUUUGAAAUUUUCGUAACUAAAUGUUUUCGUUUUUACCAACCAUUUGUUUAUAACUGUCUCCGAUGUAUAUGAAAACAGCUUGUACUAGUCUUGCCAAAUUAGGAAUAAAUGUCAUAAUACAUGUAUAUAAUUUAUUAUUUUGCGUUAACGUCAUAUUGUCCGUAAUCAGAGUUUAGGAAAAUAAGGAGCGAGUAUUGUGUUCUCUGUGUGACCUAGUUAGAAGCAGCUGCAUAUUGAACGUGACGAAUUGCUUCCAGUUUGUCACACAUUGAUUGUGCAACUUUUUACAAGAUAUUUAUGUUGAAAUAAAGAAUUCAGAUUGCUGGG